UGUCUUGUUGUUUCAAACAAUAGCCACAGCUCCCUCCCUCUCUCUCUCUCACACACACACACACAGUCACUCAGCAGAGCCAGAGCAGCUCAAACAGGAGCCGAGAAGAGAAUUAAAAGCACACACACAAAACAAAACCCCGGGCCGGUUUAAUGCCCCUCCGGCCGCUUUGUGAUGGACGUUAGGUUUUACCCUUCUGCCCCCACCAGCGUGGGCACCUUAUCAGCUGACCCCACCUGCCUCAGCCCCUUGGACUUUUACCACUGCAACAAGUUUGAUGGGGAAAACAUGUAUAUGAGUAUGAAUGAAUCUAACCAGGAUUUCCUUUCAUCAAAUCAGACGUAUAACAGUCAAAAUGAGAACAAUGAAGAUUAUGAAAUUCCCCCAAUCACACCCCCCAAUCUUCCUGACCCAUCUCUCCUGCACUUGAUGGAUCAUGAGUCUGGAUAUCAUUCAUUGUGUCACAGCCUCCCACCUAACAGUCUGAUACCGGCCUACUCAUACCAGAACAUGGAUCUUCCAGCAAUUAUGGUAUCCAACAUGUUGAGUCAAGAAGGGCACAUCCUCUCUUCCCAGCUACCCACAAUUCAAGAGCUGGUGCACUCUGAAGGAUCUUCAUAUGAUCCCAACCAUCAAGUCUCUUUGAUUAACCGAUCCGGGAUGUUACCCAGUCACAUGAGCGCCCUUAGUCAAUCACAGCUGAUCUCACAGAUGGGCAUGAGAAGUGCAGUGACCCAUGGAUCACCCUCCCCACCUGGCAGCAAAUCAGCUACUCCCUCACCUUCAAGCUCCACCCAAGAGGAGGAGUCUGAAUCCCACUAUAAGGUUACUGGAGAGAAAAGACCUUCAACUGAUCUCGGGAAAAAACCCAAAACUCAAAAGAAAAAGAAGAAGAAAGACCCAAAUGAGCCACAGAAACCAGUUUCUGCAUAUGCCCUGUUUUUUCGUGACACGCAAGCUGCCAUCAAAGGACAGAAUCCUAAUGCCACAUUUGGAGAUGUGUCCAAAAUUGUAGCAUCCAUGUGGGACAGUCUGGGUGAAGAGCAAAAACAGGCUUAUAAGAGGAAGACAGAAGCAGCUAAGAAGGAAUAUCUGAAGGCCCUUGCAGCCUACAGAGCAAGCUUGGUUUCCAAGAGCUACAGCGACCAAGGAGAAGCAAAGAACUCUCAGCCCAGCCAACCCUCCAAAAUGAUUCUCCCAAAGCAGCCCAUGUACAACCUGCCUCCCCAACCCUCUUCUCCGUACCCAGGCCUGGCCUCCUUCUUGUCACCAGCUGAUCUGCAGAGCUAUCGUGGUCACCCUCAUCCUAGUCUGUCCCGAAGUCUCAACACCAAAUCCAUGUUGCCCAGCAUCAGUGCCUCUCCACCACCUCCUUUCCAAAUCAGUCCUCCUCUCCAUCAGCACUUACGUCACCCUCAAAGCUCUCUCCUCAACCAAUCUCUCAACAUGCAGCAACAGUCCCCCAUCAUGACAAUGCAGUCUCCCAUGAACACAUCUCCCACAGGUCAACAGGAAUUCUCUCAUCUCCAAAAUGAAUACUCAAGCAAUGUCGGCCCUCGAUCACCCACCUCCUCCAAUCCUUCUGGAAACACGGAGUGGGACAAUGAAUAUCCAAACAGGGAGUGUGGAAUUAACCACUGCGGCUCUCUGCAAGGGGACAAGUCUCUCUACCUCACUUAAACCACAAGUUUGUUUGCAAUUGAAGGUUGAAGGAAUGGACAUAUUAGAAAGUCUACAGCACUGGACAUCUAUCGAAAAACCCAAGCAAGCCACAGUCACCAAGAUAUUCAGACUAAUAUGCUUGGUUCUCCUCAAGUCUCUGAGAACUGGUUUAGUUUGGGACAGCGUACUUGGCCAUAUUAAGAGCCAAUUCUCCCAUAACUUCUAAAGAACAAAAACUAAAAAAAACAAACAAAACAUCUUCUGGCACUAUACUGGCCACGGACAUAUGAGAAUGAAUAGUGUACGAGGGCAAGGGGCUACUCUGUUAGUAAAGCUCAUCCUUGCAUAUACAUUGUAAAGUGGUUUGUUAAUAUUGUAUAUUUGAAAUACCCCCACCAAAAAAAAACAAAAAAACAAUUCUAAUGUGGGAAAUACCUAAAUAAUAAACUGUGCAACUAUAAACAAGAAAAAUACAAUGUGAAAAAAUAUGAUUAAGAAAAAAAAAAGAUAAAAUAUAAUUUGUUGAAUAGUUGUAAGUAGUUUUAUCAUGUGGUUUUAGGAUUGUGCUAAGACAUCCUUAAGAAUUUUUCUUUUGUGUAUAGAAAUAAAACAAGUAGUUUACUUUAUAGUAAAACAUUUUAUAUUAAUUGUAGCACAUUUUUUAGUUAUACAUAGGUUGUGUAAAAAAAUACUGCCAAAUUUUUUGUGUUUUUUUCCCUUUUAUUUUUACAGUGAGGAGAAGAUAUAUUCUCUCCAAGAUCAGUUGAAUUAUUUUAUUUUUUUCCGCCAUAAUUUCACCUUAAUCUUAAUUGUUGAUAACGAGUUUAUUUAUGAGAAGAAAAAAAUGGACAAAACUGAUUUCUGAUUUAUUAAUAAUAAUAAUAAUAAUAAUAUGCAUUUUUUAUGUUUAGGGCUGGGCUGUUUAUGCCUUUGUUGCCAGAAUAUUCAUUUGGUUUCACAAUUGCUUAUUUGACUUUUCUUUUUAAUAAAAACAUAUGAAAAAUAA